AUGGAGAUGAACUACGAUGACAAGGAGCUCCAUCAAUUGGAGCAGGAGCUCCAUACUGAGAUCCUUCCGGGCACUGAGAUCAUGGCUGAUGUCGGUUCCCACCACUUUGUCAAGAGCAGUGGAAAAGACCACCGAGUCUUGGUCCCUCAACCGUCCGACGAUCCACAUGAUCCGUUGAACUGGUCGACUGGCUGGAAACUCGCUGCCAUCAUUGCCUCAAGCUUCGCAUCGUUCAUGCAGGGCAUGGGUCCUCUAUCUCUGGCACCCAUGUUUGGCGAUUAUAUCGAAGCUUUCGACUGUUCUUUGGCGGACGCUGUACAAUUCACUGGUGUCGCUAUUCUUGUCCUAGGCUUCAGCAACUUCAUAUGGGUGCCCCUGAGCACUUCGUUCGGUCGCCGCCCAGUCUACAUUGCCUCUCUGUUAGUCUGCCUUGGAUCCUCAAUCUGGCGCGCCAGGGCCCAGACAUAUGGCAGUUUCAUGGGUGCUUGUGUUCUGAACGGGAUAGGAGCCGGUCCUGCAGAAACAAUUCAGCCAGCUGUUAUCGCCGAUAUUUUCUUUCUUCAUGACCGUGGCAAAUGGAACACACUCUACUGGGUCGUUUACAUGGGAUCCUUGAUGAUUGGUCCCAUCAUCGCAGGCAGCAUGUCGGAGCAUGUUGGUUGGCGUAAUUUCUGGUGGCUCAACACAGGCAUGCUUGCUCUCUCGCUUCUCAUGAUCAUCUUCAUGUUCCCAGAGACGAAGUGGCACCGACAACAUCCUAAGGAGCUCCACCACGAACUCAAUAACUCGACUGAUGGGAAGCCUACUGUCGAGGCCCGAGAAGGGGUCAAAGGCGAGCCUCUAUCCGACGGCAAUGACGCUAUGGCCAUUGCACCACACCCGCUUACGACCGUCGAGACGGCUGCUCGCGAUCCAUAUCUUGGAAAAGGAAAACCCAGCAAGUCCCAAUGGGGUCUGUUCACACCCAAUCCCACUCCGAUCAAGAGCAUUCUGCUCGACCUCUGGAUUCCGUGGAAGCUGUUCGCCUUUCCUAUUGUCGAAUUUGCCAGUUUCGUUGUCAGCUGGAGCUGUUCCUCCUUCUUGACGCUAAAUCUGACACAGACCCAAGCAUUUGCUUCUCCUCCUUACCUUUGGAGCACUCAGAGCAUCGGAUUCACGAACUUCGCUGUCUUUGCGGGCGCUCUGAUCGGUCUAUUCACCGCCGGCCCAUUCUCUGACUGGAUCUCAGCCAGACUCACGGCCCGGAAUCGCGGUAUUCGUGAGCCGGAGAUGCGACUCGUCGCCAUGAUCCCUUAUGUCAUCAUAAUGUACCUUGGAAACAUCAUUGUCAGUGUGGGAUACCAACAUCAAUGGCCUUGGCAAGCGAUUGUCAUCAUCGGCUAUACAUGUGCUGGCAUUCAAGUCGCUGCUUUGCCCGGUAUUGUCUCGACAUACGCGGUUGACAGCUACAAGCCAGUUGCGGGCAGUCUGUUCGUCUCGAUCACCGUGAACAAGAAUGUCUGGGGUUAUGGAUUCAGCAAGUUCAUCACGAACUGGAUCGUCGAGGACGGAUAUAUUCCACCAAUCAUGACAAAUGCCUCGUUGAUCCUCUUGUGGUGCUUGUUUGGCAUUCUCUUCUACUACAAGGGAAAGACAUUCAGAAGAUGGUCGAAGAACAGCUCUGUGCACAUGAUGUGA